UUGGGUAACUAACGGAGUAUUUGUUAACAUAUUAUAAAAAAUGUUGAAUGUUAAGAUAUUAGACGGCGGAUUUUCAGCGCAGUUAUCUACUUAUGUUGGUGAAAAAAUCGAUGGUGAUCCUCUAUGGACUUCAAGAUUUUUAUCAACAAAUCCUAAAGCAGUUUACGCUACGCAUUUAGAUUUUUUACGAGCAGGUGCAGAUAUUAUUGAAACGAAUACAUAUCAAGCUUCAAUUUCUGGUUUAAGGAAAUAUUUAUCUAUAAGUGAAGAAGAAAGCAUAAAUCUAUUACAUGAAGCUGUUAAACUUGCUAAAAUGGCAGUUAAUGACUAUACUAAAGAAAUUACAGGGAAUAAUGAUGUUGAAAAUAAGAAUCCUAUAAUUGCUGGUGCUUGUGGGCCAUAUGCAGCUAGUUUACACGAUGGUUCUGAAUAUAAUGGAGUUUAUGGUAAAACUACAUCUCGUGAGAUUAUGAUUCAAUGGCAUAAAUCACGUAUUAAUGCUCUUAUAGAUGCUGGUAUAGAUUUGUUAGCAUUAGAAACUAUACCUUGUUAUCAAGAAGCAGAAGCAUUGGUUGAACUUUUACGAGAAUAUCCAAAUGUUAAGGCAUGGCUUUCAUUUUCUUGUGAAAGGAACAGUCAAAACAUAGUAGAUGGGACUAAUUUUCAAGAAGUUGCUACACGUUGCUAUAAAAUGGCUUUACCAGGACAAAUAAUUGCUAUUGGUGUGAAUUGCCUUGCUCCAAAAGACGUAACCCCUUUAUUAAGGAAUAUCAAUAAUGAUACAGCAAAUGAAUUUAUACCAUUAAUAGCAUAUCCUAAUAGAGGAGAAAUCUAUUCAUCAAGUAAAGGUUGGAUAAAAAAUGAAAACGAUCCCACGUUUGAAAGUUUUAUUCCUGAAUGGCUAGAACUUGGAAUACAAUACCUUGGAGGCUGUUGCAGAAUGUACGCAGAAGAUAUAAAAUUAAUUAGGAAAGAAGUAAAUAAUUUCAAGACAAAAGGAGCAUUUAUGAAUUAA